AAUGAUCUCAUCGCUUUGCCCCAUCUCCACGAACCCGCAAUCCUGCAUUCGCUCAGCGAUCGCUUCUUUCGCGGGAAGAUCUACACGUGGACGGGCCCAGUUCUCAUCGCCGUCAAUCCCUUUCAACGCUUGCAACUGUACGGGACGGAGAUUCUCGAAUCCUACCGUCGGGAUGGGCUGCUCAAGGCCCAAGGCAUGCAGAGCGGACAAGAUCUGGAGCCGCAUAUUUUCGCCAUUGCCGAUAGGUCCUACCGUCAAAUGAUGAGCGAGUCUCGUCGGUCUCAAUCCAUUCUCAUUUCGGGAGAAUCCGGAGCCGGGAAAACCGAAUCUACCAAGAUUGUCAUGCUCUACCUCACGACACUUGGUGCCGGCAACAACGAAGCCGUCCAGGACGAGACCAACGGCAGCAACGGUGAGCUCUCCGUCAUGCAAAAAGUCCUACAGUCCAAUCCCGUCUUGGAAGCCUUUGGUAACGCACGAACACUCCGGAAUGACAAUAGUUCACGUUUCGGGAAGUUCAUCGAACUAGGCUUUUCCCGUGCCGGUCACUUGAUGGGAGCCAAGGUCCAAACCUACUUGCUCGAAAAGGUCCGUCUCGCCUUUCACGCCGCCGGAGAACGGAAUUACCACAUCUUCUAUCAACUACUCCGAGGUUGCACUGAAGAAGACCACGCCAAGUACGAGUUUCACGACGGUCUUACGGGCGGUUUGGACUUGCCUAAUUAUUUUCACUACACGGGACAGGGCGGCGCCCCUCACCUGCGUGAGUUCACAGACGAGGACGGUCUGAGCUACACUCUCAAGGCUAUGCGCAAGUUGGGCUGGACCGAAAAAACAAUCGACGAUACACUCCGUCUCAUUGCCGGUUUGCUCCAUCUGGGUCAAAUUACCUUCAACAGUGUCGAAAAAGAUGGUUUGGAAACCGCCGAAGUUGCCGAAGACAAGAUUUUGAAUUACACGGCCAAGCUGCUUGGAGUUGACGUUGAUAAAAUGCGAGUAGCCCUCACGGAAAAGAUCAUUGUUGCCCGUGGUCAAGAAAUCAAAACGCUUCUGACACCCGAAAAAGCACAAGAUGCACGCGACGCGCUCGCCAAGACUAUCUAUGGCGCGCUGUUUUUGUGGGUCGUCGAUCAAGUCAAUCUAAGCAUAGGUUGGGAGCGAGAUGACGACAUUCGAUCAAGUUGUGGUGUUCUAGAUAUUUUCGGGUUUGAGUGCUUUGCGAUCAACUCGUUUGAGCAAUUGUGUAUCAACUUCACCAACGAAGCUUUGCAACAGCAGUUCAAUCAGUUUAUAUUCAAGUUGGAACAGGCAGAAUACGAAGCCGAGAGCAUUGCUUGGGCCUUCAUAGAGUUUCCUGACAACCAGGACUGUCUCGAUACUAUCCAAGCACCCAAGGUUGGUAUUCUUUCUAUGUUGGAUGAUGAAUGUCGUUUACCGAAGGGUAGUGACCGCAAUUUUGCAAAGCGUUUGAUCGAUCAUUACUUGCCGGAGAAGAAUCAGACCGUGUCCGAAAAUACACGCAUCCAUGCCACCAACAUUCAGAAGGGCAAGUCGAUCUUUUCUGUCCGUCACUUUGCUGGCCUGGUGCAGUAUUCAGUCGAAACCAACUUUAUGGAAAAGAACAAGGACGAGAUCCCUUUGACGGCCGAGAUACUGUUUGAAACGGCCCCCAGCAAACUUAUUCAGGAUACGUACGCGAUUCAGAAAAGAGAAAAUUUAGGACGGGCCGCCACCGAAGCGAAAACUGGCAAGCAACCUAAACCAAAGACUGUCGGCCAGCAGUUCAAGGAGCAGCUGACGACGCUGAUUGAGAGCGUUCAAAAGACCGAUCCUCACUACAUCCGUUGUAUCAAGCCGAAUGAUGCCGCGAAACCGCUGCUCAUGACGCGCAAACGUACCACCGAACAGCUGCGAUAUGGUGGUGUUUUGGAAGCCGUACGUGUCGCGCGUGCGGGCUACCCUGUUCGGAUGAAGCAUACUGCAUUUUUUCAGCGUUACCGGAUGUUGCUACCGACCGUUGCCGAAGAAGUUUUGCCUUGGAGCAUGGAUGGCCACGAGCCACAGCAACUGUGCGUCAAGCUCAAUCAACCGAUUCCGAUGUCCUUCCCGAAAACCGAUGUUCAGCUCGGAAAAACGAAAGUCUUCAUGCGAAAACAUCCCCACGAUUGUCUCGAGGCCCAUCGCGUUUUCCAUCAGCACGCAAGCGCUUCCGUCAUUCAAUGCUGGGCCCGUGGUUUGGAACAACAGCGCAGCUUUUUCAUUUCGCAAGACGCCAUCCAAACGAUUCAAAGGUGCUACCGUGGAUUCAAGGGUCGCGAACGAUGGACCAACUUACGGAAAGCGGAUGCCGGAAAGCUCCUUACAAUUACAUUCCGAAUGCUUAUCAAAUGGCGAGCUUUCAACCGUGCCCGGAAAGGGACUGUUCGUUUUCAAAGCCGUAUUCGUGGUCGCAAUUUGCGCCGAGAGCGCGCUGCUGUCAAGAUCGAAAAUCGUUUUCGGACGUAUGCUCUCAGGAAGAAGUUCACCAUGUUGUGUUCAGCUGUUUUAUCUCUCCAGUGUGCCACUCGCUCUCGUGUUGCUAAGAAAGAAUUGACUGAAUUG